AUGUCCAAAAAGAUAGACUUUAAAAUGAUUACAGAUCUUUCAAUCCUUAUAGGUACUGGUAUAUCAUUAUAUUAUUUGAUAAAUAGCUUAUUAAACGCUGAAUCAGGACCUAUCAGAAGGUCUAAAGAGAACAAAGAAAAGCAGGAAAAAAAAUGGAUCAAAUUGAUCAACUCUAAUCCAGAUUUAGUGAACAUACAGUUAUCUGCAUAUGAAAGAGAUAUUUUGUCUUCCGUUGUUACGCCUGAUGAAAUUAAAGUUACAUUUAAAGAUAUAGGUGGACUAGAUUCUAUUAUAGAUGGAUUACAUGAAAGUGUCAUCUACCCUUUAACCAUACCCGAAUUAUAUUCGAGUAAUCCAUUACUUCAGGCACCAUCUGGUGUUUUAUUCUAUGGUCCUCCAGGAUGUGGUAAAACUAUGUUGGCCAAAGCCAUUGCAAAGGAAAGUGGAGUGAAUUUUAUAUCGAUUAGGAUGUCUGCUAUAAUGGAUAAAUAUUAUGGUGAGUCUAAUAAAAUUGUAGACGCAAUAUUUUCAUUAGCAAAUAAGAUAGAACCAUGUAUUAUAUUUAUUGACGAAAUUGAUUCAUUUCUUAGAGAAAGAUCCUCUAUGGAUCAUGAAGCCACCGCUACUUUAAAAGCCGAAUUCAUGAGUCUAUGGGAUGGACUGAUAAAUAAUGGUAGAAUAAUGGUUAUUGGUGCAACCAACAGAAUGAAUGAUAUUGAUUCAGCAUUUUUAAGAAGAUUACCAAAAAGAUUUUUUGUAACUUUACCUGGUGAAGAAGAAAGAAAGAAAAUUCUACAAAUUUUUUUAAAAGAUGUACCGUUAGAUAAGAAAAAUUUCGAUUUUGACAAAGUUGCUAGACUGACUUCCGGGUUGUCUGGUGCUGAUUUGAAGGAACUAUGCAGAGAAGCUGCAUUAAAGUCUGCAAAAGAGUAUAUUAAAUUCAGAAAGACCAAUGAACUACUGAAUCAUAUAACAUCUGAUAACACUACUACUAGAGCUGUCAUGAGACCUCUAAGAACUGAUGAUUUUUUCAAUAAUGAUGGACCAUUUGGUAUAGAGAGUCUCGACUAA